CGACCAGGCACGAAGGCCUUGAUGGAAAUCUGCAGGUACCAGAAGAGCACGGACCUUCUGCUCAGGAAGGGACCGUUCUCUCGCCUGAUGAGUCGCUUCGUUCGUGAGGUUUGUCAAACUUACUCCAGAGAGUCUCUCCGCUGGCAGGUCUACGCUCUGCUCGCCCUGCAGGAGGCUGCAGAGGCGUUUCUCGUGCUGCUGUUCUCGGACGCCAACCUGUGUGCGAUCCACGCCAAGCGAGUGACCCUGUUCCCCCGGGACAUCCAGCUGGCCCGGAGGAUCCUUGAGACAUUUUUUAAAUUUAUCAUAAGUUCCUCCUCGUGUCCUCCGGUCAGUCACCUCGUCUGUUACUCUCGUUGA